CGAAGAAUAACGACACCUGCCUUCUCUCUUUGUUUUCUUCAUUCUCACCUUCGCAUAUCCAUCCUUCAUUACAUAUCAUAUCCUCCUCUUCCAUUUCUGUCUCUUUAUCGGAUUCUGUUUUCUAGCACAAAUUCAUCGCAAUCCGUUCCUCGUUUUGUCAUCCGGGGUUCACCGAUCCUCGUUCACUCGCCCCCCUGCAAUCAAAUAAAGCGAAGGGUCAAUCUGCAUGCAUAUAUCGAUCAAUGCGCUUCGAUGAUGUUUUUGAAUUUUAGUCGGUGUUGAAGAAUUGUGGUUCGUAUUAUUCUCAAUUAUGUUAUUGUCAAGAGGCUGAUGUUUUGCUUGUUGAAAUUAGGGUUUGAUGCGUUCCGUGAAAAGGGUUCUGAUUUUUAUCAGGAUGCUUUGAUUUUGUAUAGUCUGUAGAUACUGUACCGGAAUCGAUUGUUAAUUUGGAUCGUUUUUGGUAGAAAUCGAGGGUCGAUAUGAUUAUUAUCAAGUUGGGUUGAGUUUUUUUUACAAACCCUAGUCAAGGUGUAAUUAGGUAUAUAUAGAUCCGAGUAUAGUUUAGCAGUUCAUGUUUACAGCUGGAGUUAAUUGAAGCAAUAAUCAUGGAUCAUAUUGUUGGUGGAAAGUUUAAGCUUGGGAGGAAGAUUGGGAGCGGAUCAUUUGGUGAGCUUUAUUUAGGUGUUAAUAUUCAAAGUGGGGAAGAAGUUGGCGUUAAACUGGAACCCACGAAGACAAAACAUCCUCAACUUCAUUACGAAUCAAAAGUAUAUAUGCUUCUCCAGGGAGGAACGGGAGUACCUAGUCUUAAGUGGUUUGGAAUUGAGGGUGAGUACAAUAUCAUGGUGAUUGACCUCCUUGGACCAAGUCUGGAAGAUCUUUUCAACUAUUGCAAUAGGAAGUUUACCUUGAAGACUGUUCUAAUGCUUGCAGAUCAACUAAUUAAUAGAGUUGAGUUCAUGCAUGCAAGGAGUUUUCUUCACCGUGACCUAAAGCCUGACAAUUUUUUAAUGGGCCUGGGCCGCAAAGCAAAUCAGGUGUAUGUCAUUGAUUUUGGGCUUGCAAAAAAGUAUAGGGAUCUUCAAACUCAUAGACACAUACCUUACAGGGAAAACAAGAAUCUGACUGGCACGGCUCGUUAUGCUAGUGUCAACACACACCUUGGAGUUGAACAAAGUAGGCGGGAUGAUUUGGAAUCUCUUGGUUAUGUUCUUAUGUAUUUCUUAAGAGGAAGCCUUCCAUGGCAGGGACUGAAAGCGGGAACCAAAAAGCAGAAAUAUGACAGGAUAAGUGAAAAGAAGAUGUUGACUCCAAUAGAGGUGCUGUGCAAAUCAUAUCCACCAGAGUUCACAUCCUACUUUCAUUAUUGUCGAUCAUUGAGAUUUGAAGACAAACCGGAUUAUUCAUAUUUGAAAAGGCUUUUCCGCGACUUGUUUAUUCGUGAAGGCUAUCAAUUCGACUAUGUAUUCGAUUGGACAAUAUUGAAGUAUCCACAAAUCGGAGCCAGCUCACGAGAACGACCACAAACUGGGAAUGCUGCUGGUGGUCAAAAUGUUGGGACAUCCGCGGAAAAAACAGGAAGACCCUCAGGUGGACAAGAUAGACUCCAUGGUGACGCACCAUACUCCAGAAGAAAUCCGCCAGGUGGCACCCGCCUGGAACAUUCCAGAACCAGGAUUUCAGAAAACCAGCAAACUGAUUCAGAGAAAGUGCGGUCCUCUCGAAACGGGAAUUUGUCAAAACACCUAAGCAGCAGACCUGGUUCUUCAGCUGAAGCGACAGAUGGCAGAUCGAGCAGAGUGAUUUCGAGUAGUGGGUCCCGUUUAUCAACCACUCAAAGAGGAGCUCAACCCACUACUUCAAAGCCUGGCCGUGAAGAUCCUCUUCGAAGCUUCGAGUUCCUCCAAAUCAGGAAGUAA